GGCAAUGUUUACAUCUGCGUUCUUAAAGAUCUAUGCUUUACCUUAAACCAAAACGAAACAUUAACAUGUAUAUGUACUGUGACAAAUUUUUUAUUACCAGUAACAAAGAGUCAUUGAAUUGACGUUCAAUGGCUGGUUUAAUAAUUUCGUCCGAGAAAAACAGACUGCAGUUAACGAUUGAAUUCCAGAAUAAGUAAUGGUACUUUAGUAUGCACACAUAAGUACAUUACCUUGUCUUACAGAAAUACCAUCUAGGUAGAAGUACCUGUGAAUGAAGAUCUGGAAAUGGGAUGAAACGAUAGAUAGGCUAGGUAGCCUACCUGAGACUCGACGUGUAUUAGGGACGAGGCCAUUUUAAUAAGGUCCAAUAAAAAUGGAAGAUUUCAGUAGGAAACUAGUUUUUUGGCAGGGGAAUACCAGAAAUAAAAUGCAGUGCACCAGUCACAAUAGUAUGAAAUAAACAUCAGAAAAAAAUUGGAACAUAAUGGAAGACGAAUUUAUCCCAGUGAAGUUAGGAGUGUUGACACAGCCACCAGCACUGACCUUGGUGUACCGGAACAGUAAUGGGAAAGAGCGACAGCGUACCAUGCCCAUUAGAUUUUUGAACAAGUUUGGAUCUGUGAACACGGUUUUGACAGAACUUAAGAAGAGGCAUAGUAAACAUUUGGAAAAGGUAUCUGAGAUAAAAGUAGAAAAGAUGCUUCGCAUCCUACAAGAAGUGCAGAAAGGACAAACAAUUGAUGAAGCUGUUGUUGCCGUCACAAAGGAAUAUGAUGUUGAUCCAAAUGAAGACCUCAAUAAAGUGAGUGCGGAGGAGUUAGCAAAAAAGAAAAAGAUUAUGGAAAACAGCUUUGAAAAGAACCAGGUAAAACCAGGAGACCCAGACUACGAGUAUGACAAACAGAUAGAUUUUGCUAGUGAUAAUAAAGCAGAAGCUGGCUGGGACUCUCCUGUAGGAUCUCAAGAGGAUGACUUCUGGUCUUAACAUGAUGGAGUAUUUGGUAGGAACACAUUACAUGUGAUAGAUUUUAUUCUUUCAUUCUAAAAAUGUCUUUGGCAAAAUAUAGAAAUUGGUUUGUUCAUUCUCUCCUUUGAAAGUGAAAGUAACUUACUUCUGACUGUUAAAUGUGACUUCUGACUGUUAAAUGUGGCAGUAUGCUUCUCUGUGCCAGAUUAUUCAUGGUCAAAAUCAACAUAAUCAAUCAUGAGAGCUUAAAGUGGAAGUAUAAUUAUUUUAUUAUUAUUAUUAUUGUAAACAUGGAGUGAAUUUCACAUUAGACAUUUUAGGUUAGAUACUGUAAACAUAUUUAUUUCACAGCAUUCAAGGUAAAAAUAAUCUUAGUCAUAUCAAACCACUGGAGUUGGGAAGCUUUAUUUUAAAGUCUCCAGCACCUGAGUGUUUAAUGCAGCUCAUAGGAUUUCUUGUGUAGUAGGUUUCAUGUGCUCAAUAGUUCAUUUUGUUGUUACUUAGUAUUUUGGUGAACUGAUGUUUAGUAUUACACCACCGUCUUUGACUAGACUGGGAGAAAUAUGCUAACUGAAGUGUAACACUCAUAUUAGUGAUACAAAGGAUUAGUUGGUUUUAUCAAAAUAUUUUUGUUAUAAAACUUAUUUCACUGAAGUGAAAGAUAAAUCACAGAAUUCAUUUGUAUACAAGUGUGUUGCCUCACCUGCCGCUUAAUUUACCCAAACACAAAAACUUAAUACCACUUAGUGUUACCAAGAAAGAUUCUGGCUGUUUCUUAAGCAAGAGGGAAAGUACUAAUUUAAUUAUCAUAGGUUUUUUACAUAUAAUUUGCCAAAUUAGUUUUUAUGCUAGAGUGACAUUCUAGUGCAGACACAUUUUUAGUAUUUCACAUAUACUUUAAGUAUAAGAAUUUUUAUCCCUAUCCUGUUUACUAGAAUGGAAAUCUCUUGAGAAUUGUUUUCAGUAACGAGCUAUGUGCACCUACUUAUCGUGUAUGCAGUUACACAAAAUCUUAUUGUAAACCCUGUGGGCAGAUGUGUGUUUAGGGUUGGGAAUUUUUCGGUAGUGGAAUGAUAUCCUAGUGCAGGUGCAAAGCACUGUCCAAUACACUAUUCUUCUUGGUACCCUGUCAUACACCUUUUUAAGAUCCACACAACACAUGGAAACUUUCAAGUUUUCUUCUAGAGACUUCUCUUGGACUUGUCUUACUAUAAAAAUAGCAUCCACUGUGUUCUUUCCUUUCAUAAACCUAAACUGCUGCUCCUGUAUAUCU